AUGGUCAGAGUGCUUGUUUCCCGAAAUCCAAUUAAGUCCCCGCCCUCCUACCUGAUCGAGCUACUACCUGACACCUUGCCACCAGCAGAUGAAUUCAACCCCGUGUACUCAUCGGUGCCUCGUCCACGCAAAUCUAACCGGCUAAAAGGCCAACAACACGAGCCUUUGGGCCUCUAUUCCACUAUAAAGGAGAGAACUUAUUCCUCGAAGGAGGAGAACUUACAGGCGCCUAUUCAGGAUCCGGUGUCUUCGACUAAGCGCAUAAAGAACUCUGCUGCAGACAUGACUAGAGUACAGUGUUGUCCUGCUGAGAUGAAUGGUAUUAACGUGGAACUUUGA